AUAAGCCAGCGAGUUUCGAAGCCUCUCCACUUUCGAAACUGCGGUAAUCACUAGUAAUGCCAGAAGCCCCUGGUAAUGCAGAAAAAUGUGAAGUGGAAGAACUGUACCACCAGUUUGACGGACUACAGCUUUCAUCAACACUAGUUGGAGCCAUGAAAUAAGAAGAGUGAAAUUAUUUUUAUAGGAUCAAGAUUAUUUCGGUGCGGCUAAUGGGGCAUUUCCGCAACUGUCACCAACUUCCGGUUCAGGCGUUGCGCUUAGUCACGCUUCGUCACGCGAUCUUUUGCCUCUUCCAAGAUGGCCGAUGAAAGCAAGAAAAAACGUUUUCGAAACGAACCUCGUAGCACGUUAUCCUGCUAUGCUCUGCGACUAAAACCUGGACAAGAAGUGAGAGAAUGUUUACUAAAGUACGUCAGGGACAAAAAACUCGAGGCACCGUUCGUUCUUUCAUGUGUAGGCAGUGUGACGCAAGCUACCCUGCGGCUGGCUAAUGCAGCUAGAGAUACUCCAAAUGAGAUAAUGGAGGUCAAAGGCAGGCAUGAGAUUGUCUCACUUGUUGGAACACUUGCAGAUGAAGGGCACCUUCACGCUUCCCUUUCAGACAAGGACGGACAUGUGGUGGGUGGCCACGUUAUGGGAAACAUGGAAGUUUUUACUACUGCUGAGGUUGUUAUUGGAAACUGUGAUAUGUUGUCAUUUACCAGAGAAAUGGAUGACACGACUGGUUUUGAUGAGCUUGUCGUAACUGAGAAAUAGUAAACUAAGUAGCCUGCUUAAGUUAUGCUGAUCACUUGAGCAACUGUAACAACUAUCGUAGUCAUUAUCUGUUUACA